AAUAUCUAACCAUAACAAAAAUGGCGGCAACAGUUAAGGGAGCUCAUACUUGUACAGUAACAAAAUCAAGAUACGAGCCAAACUGGUCCAGAUUCCCACCUCACGUACCUACUUAUCCGAACCCACCGGCACUUCUAAGGCGAACUGAAGCUGAUAAAUAUACCAAUCCUGGUGAUACAUUUUACACUUACUAUAAAGAAUCAAGACCGUGGAAUGUUGAAUAUCCUGAAUGGAGAGAAGAAUUUUUUAGACUUGACCCAAGAGCACCAGUAGAACGUAAAAUUGAUUAUAAAUUAGGUCCUAAUGCCCCUGCAUACAAACCCUCAGUGAAGCCACCCCUCCCUAAAUGGAAUAGGCAAGGUUUACCGCCAACUGAGGCUAAGAGAGCCUUUGGUAUGAAACGAAUGAGCGAAACCUACGGAGCGAAAAAUUUGUAUGAAUUUUCUAAUGCAAUGACGUCUACUCAAUACAAGAAACCGAUACCUAACGUCUACGGGCCAUUGCUAAGAGAUGAAGUUUAUGGAGUAAGACAUCAGCACAAUUACCAUGGUUUUAUGCCAUUUGAUGAUUAUUAUUUUUGA